AUGCGUCUCUCAAUCACACUCCUCUUCACCUUACUCGCCUUGGUGCUCGCACUUCCUCCACCACAGAAGCCAGUCGUGGUGCAGUAUCCUGAGGAUACUCCUUCUUCUAUCAUUGACAAGGCCAUCGAGGAAAUCAAAAAGGAUGGAGGCAUCAUCACCCACGAAUAUUCACUCAUUAAAGGAUUCUCUGCUACCGUGUCAGAAAUGACCCUCGACAAAAUCUGCACCAUGGCCGAAACCUUUAUGCCAUAUAUUGAGGAUGAUUAUGUCGUUCAUGUUGAUGGGUCCUCCGGCAGUGGAGUUCGUUGA